UUUGGUUGUAGCUGACUCUAGGGGGAUCAAACCUAGAAGUAACGCGUUCGAUGGCAUUUCUUCUUUCGACGUCAAUUUCAUAACACCCAUGAGAGAAGAAGAAGAAAAUAAAACUGAGACACCGACAGCCAUACUGAAUGAAAGCGGUUUGUUCCCUUGGAGACGCCGUAGCGGGUGUGCGCGCAGUUUCCGCCCACUCCUCCAACCUCGACAGGAAGCUCACUGAAGCUAACGGUUCGUUAUGGAGGAUGUGCCGACGCCUUUGCGAUGCUUCAAUGAGCGCCAUUUCGCAGAAAUGUUCGUGGAUGACGGGGUGGAAACUGUGACUUCUGUGGAGCAGAAAAAAGUGGAACGCAGCAUUGAAGAAGUCAUCAGUGUUUACAAGCAAAUACACAGCUUACCACAGCCCACGUUGCUGCGGGACCAACACUACCAGUAUCUCAAGAAGGGCUUGCGUCACUUGUCAGAUGCUUAUGAGUGUCUGGAUGCCAGCCGACCGUGGCUUUGCUUCUGGAUUCUUCACAGUCUGGAGUUACUAGAGGAGCCCGUUCCUGCUGCUGUCGCCUCAGAUGUGUGUCAGUUUCUGGCUCGUUGUCAGAGCCCAACAGGGGGUUUCGCUGGGGGACCGGGACAACACGCCCACCUUGCACCCACCUACGCCGCCGUCAACGCCCUCUGUAUCAUCGGCACAGAGGAGGCCUAUAAUGUCAUAGACAGGGAGAAGCUGCUCGAUUUCCUAUGGUCAGUGAAGCAGCCAGAUGGCUCGUUCGUGAUGCACAUCGGAGGGGAGGUGGAUGUCAGGAGCGCGUACUGUGCAGCCUCCGUAGCAUCGCUCACAAACAUCCUCACACCGAAACUGUUUGAGGACACGACCAACUGGAUUCUCAGUUGUCAGAACUGGGAGGGAGGUCUCAGCGGAGUGCCCGGUCUGGAGGCCCACGGUGGAUACACUUUCUGUGGCACGGCCGCCCUCGUCAUCCUGGGCAAAGAACACAUGCUGGAUCUCAAAGCCUUGUUGCGGUGGGUGGUCAGCAGACAGAUGCGGUUCGAAGGAGGCUUCCAGGGCCGCUGUAACAAACUGGUGGACGGCUGCUACUCUUUCUGGCAGGCUGGACUCCUGCCUCUGCUCCACAGAGCCUUAUUCAAAGAAGGAGAGUCGGAGCUGAGCCGGCAGCAGUGGAUGUUUGAGCAGCAGGCCCUGCAGGAGUACAUCCUCCUGUGCUGUCAGAACCCGACAGGGGGCCUCCUGGAUAAGCCCGGCAAAUCCAGAGAUUUCUACCACACGUGUUACUGCCUGAGCGGCCUCUCCAUAGCGCAGCACUUUGGAAACAUGGACCUCCAUCAUGAGAUGAUCCUCGGCAGGGAGGAGAACCGACUGGCUCCAACUCAUCCAGUUUACAAUAUUUGUCCAGAGAAAGUGGCUCAGGCCCUGCAGUACUUUCACAGGCAGCCCGUCCCCGACAACAACAAGCAGCCGGGAGCCCCUGCCGAUGACACCCUGCUGGCGACGGACCCCGCCGCCGCCUCCGGAUCAGAUGACCAUCACUCCUAGUUAGUGUGCAGCAGAGACGUCACUGUGUUCGAACCAGCCAACUCUAAGGAACCGACCGGGACCAGCCAAACAGCGGUCUGGUCUGCCGGAGACGAGCCCGAGAAGCGGUCGGAUGGUCAACCCUCAGUAGAGACGAGGGCUGGAGUUUAGGAGCAGUUUGGCUGAACUGAAGUCAGCGGUCGUGUGUGUGCGUGUGUGUGUGCGUGCAGCUUCGCAUCCAGCUGAAUUUUUGCUUGCAAUGCUUGUUGUUUUCUGAAAUAAAAGUGAAACGUUCUAACCUGAGCUAAUAAACCUUUAUAUGGAACUUUU